UGUCUGUGAUUAUUGCAUCAGAGGAAUUUUGAUGAAACCAGGUUUAUUUUGACUUAUUAUGAACUUAUAACAUGACUUUAACAAAUCAAUUCAUACAUAAACAUUAAAAAGUGAUUUUCUAAAAUGUGAUUAGGUACAGUUUAUCUAUAAUUUAUUAUUACAAAUAUUUAAUCCUAGAAUUUUCAAAUCUAAUUUUUCCAGCACCCCAACAUUUUGAUUUAAAUAUAUUUAUUGGGAAUAUACAGUGGGUAUAGAAAAGAAUCACCCCUUUUAAAAUAAUCACAUUUUUGUUGCUUUGCAGGCUGAAAUGAAGCUGUAUAUGUAAUUAUAACAUCCAAGUGAAAGAUAUAACACCAACAUGUCAGAAAAAAAUAAAACCCAGAAUUAUGUUGGGAAAAGGAUCACCCUAUUGUGUCAGCGGUUUCUUGAACCACCUUUUGUUUUAAUUCGAGCCUUUAGUCUGUUGGGAUACAUCUCUACUAACUUUGAGCAUGUAUGCUUUGUAAUAUUUGCCCAGUCCUCUUUGCAGAACUGCUCAAGUUCAGUUCAAUUUGAUGGUGAGUGUUUGUGGACUGCAGUCUUCAGGUCACUCCACAGAUCUUCAGUGAGGUUUAAGUCUCUGACUAGCCAUGCAAGGACAUUGACCUUUUUCUCCUUUAAACACUGUCUGGCCAGUUUUGUUGUCUGCUUUAUGUCAUUGUAAUGGUGGAAGGUAAACCUUCUCUCUAUUGACAACUUUCUGGUAGAGGGCAGCAGAUUUCCCUCAGGAAUUUGAUGGUAUUUUGCCUCAUCCAUACUUCCUUCUAUCCUGACAAGUGCUCCAGUCCCUGCUGCAGAGAAACACCCCCAGAACAGGAUAUAACCACAUCCAUACUUUACUGGAGGAAUGCUGUUAUUUGGAUGAUGAGCUGUAUUGAAUUUCUGCCAGAUAUAUCAUUUGGUGUUGAGGCCAAAUAAUUCAAUUUUAGUCUCAUUUUAGGAGAGCUUCGAAAGGGUUGAAGGAUGUAGGGGCCAAACAACUGUUUCUUGAAGUGCCCUUCUACAUCAUCACCACGUGCCCACAUGGAUCCGCUGUUAUCAUGCAAAGAUUCUGCGCAAAGGAUCCUUUGAAGUGGCCAGUUUUGAGCACUUCAGUUUCGAACAACCCUUCAAUAUGGCGGCCCUUCGAUGGACGAUAUAUCCCAUUUGGAACGCACUGUUUAUCAUGAAUUCCUGCGACUGCUUCAGAGUUUCUGUAGGCCUCAUGGAAGCCUCUCUGAGCUGUUUCCUCCUGACCCUUUCAUCCAGUUUGGAGCGACGUCCUGAUCCAGGGAGGAGAUUCAAUGCCGACUAUGAGUUGACGGCUAAGCAAGGUGCAGAUACAAUGGCUUAUAUCGCCCUACUGGAGGAAAAGCUGCGUCCAGCACUGCUGCACACAUUCUGGGUGGACGCAGAGAACUAUGUUAACCUGACCCGACCCUGGUUUACGUCACAUUCCCCGUUCCCCCUCAACUUCUUUGUGCCGGGUCGACAGGCCAGCUUGGCUCUGUCCCGCAUCCUACUGACCAAAGCAGAGUCGCCAUUGCUGAACAUCACAGAAGUAGAGGGAAAGAUCUACAGUGAAGCCAAAGAGUGCCUGAAUUUGCUCUCCCACAGACUUGGGAGCUUCCACUUCUUUUUUGGAGACACGCCUACAAGCCUGGACGCCUUUGUUUUUGGCCAUAUCGCCCCUCUUAUCAAAGCCCCUCUUCCCAGCGGGCAGCUUCAGAAGCACCUGAACCAACUUGAGAACCUCUGCCAGUUCUGCAACACCAUCCUUAAAAACUACUUCACCGACGCCGCUGCUGAGAAGAGAAUGGACUGCUCUCUGACGGCUACCCAUGAUCCCGUCGAUGCAAACCUCCAGAAACUGACACAACUUGUUAACAAAGAGUCCAACCUUAUUGAAAAGAUGGAUGACAAUCUUCGUAGCAGUCCACAGCACAGACCGCACAGACAUGAGACCAAACCCUCGGCCCUGGCCAGCGAGAGGAACUCACCCCUUCUAUCGAAGCACUGACUUUUACAUAAUGUAUGCAUUUUUCCAAAUCAUAUUUAUUAUUUAACAUACUGAUGUGGUUAUAAUAAAUGAAUACUAGUUUUCCAUGAUGAAGUUGCUGAAAUGUUGGUUUGAUUGUUCGAUUUUAUAAACAACGUAAAGGGCUUGAUAAAUGGCAUUCUUCAUCUGUUGUUUUUAAGAAUCAUUGGCACAUAUGGGAACUAUGUGUAAAAGGGAAACGCUUUGUAGUAGCCUAAUAGCAACACUUAGCUGUCAAUUGAUGACUUAAGAUACAAGUUCUAUAGUUUAAAAGAGAAGUGUGUUCCAGUUGAGAUGCAUUGUCCUUGAUCUGUCUUCCUGGCGCUCAUUGACUUUCCACACAUUAUUGCAUAUGGAACUUUGAAUGCACAAGCUGGCUUUCCAAAUGCAAAAGGUUUUGUGUGUACUUCAUGAGUUUAUUUAUGUUUUAAUUCCUGGCCAAAAACAAUUACAGGGAUUAUUAUAAGAUUUAUGGUUUAUACACUAGAUAUUCAGCCUUUGUUCCAUGGUUUCAUCAUAGAAUUUAUUAUAAUAAUCAAAUUAGGAGUUUAAAAUUCUACAUAUAGAAGGUUCAUAACAGUUUUUAUUUAAGUGCACAUGGUAGAUUAACUAUCACGCAUAUUUACAGCAUACAUCUCUCUUAUUUGAUUUGAGCUUUCCAUUGAUUUCACUUUCCACAUUCUUGACUUUUAGUGCAAAGGGAUCUUGACAUCUGAUUUUGUGUACUGUGUAUACAUUUAUUAUUUUUGGUUUAUUGGUUGUAUACAUUAAAGGAAUGCCUUAAAAGUCUA